AUGUGCCCCGGUGCAGACAACGAGCCCAAUGGGCAAACAAAUGGCACUAACGGUGACCACUCCGGCUUCACUGCUAUUCAGACCCGCCAAAACCCUCACCCCUCCACCUCCCGCAACCCUUACGGUCACAACGUCGGCGUUACCGAUUUCCUAAGCAAUGUUUCCCGUUUCAAGAUCAUCGAGAGUACUCUACGUGAGGGUGAACAAUUUGCCAAUGCCUUCUUCGAUACCCAGAAGAAGAUUGAGAUUGCCAAGGCCUUGGAUGAUUUCGGUGUUGACUACAUCGAACUUACUAGCCCAUGUGCUUCUGAGCAGUCAAGGCUUGACUGUGAGGCCAUCUGCAAACUUGGCCUGAAGUCCAAGAUUCUUACUCACAUCCGAUGCCACAUGGAUGACGCUAGAGUCGCUGUUGAGACUGGUGUUGACGGAGUUGAUGUUGUCAUUGGAACUUCCUCGUAUCUCCGUGAGCACUCCCACGGCAAGGACAUGACCUACAUCAAGAACACCGCCAUUGAAGUCAUUGAAUUCGUCAAGUCCAAGGGCAUCGAGAUUCGAUUUUCCAGCGAGGACUCCUUCCGUUCCGACCUCGUUGACCUCCUCUCCAUCUACUCCGCCGUCGACCAGGUUGGCGUAAACCGUGUUGGCAUUGCUGACACCGUUGGCUGCGCUUCUCCUCGCCAAGUUUACGAGCUCAUCCGUGUGCUCCGAGGUGUUGUGAGCUGCGACAUUGAAACUCACUUCCACAACGACACUGGUUGUGCGAUUGCCAACGCGUACUGUGCUCUGGAGGCUGGUGCUACUCACAUUGAUACCUCCGUUCUUGGUAUCGGUGAGCGUAACGGUAUCACCCCUCUCGGUGGUCUUAUGGCCCGCAUGAUGGUUGCCGACCCCCAGUAUGUCAAGAGCAAGUACAAGCUUGAGAAGCUCAAGGACAUCGAGGAUCUGGUCGCUGAGGCCGUUGAGGUCAACAUCCCUUUCAACAACUACAUCACCGGUUUCUGUGCCUUUACCCACAAGGCCGGUAUCCACGCCAAGGCCAUCUUGAACAACCCUAGCACCUACGAGAUCAUCAACCCUGCUGAUUUCGGCAUGUCAAGAUACGUUCACUUUGCCUCUCGUUUGACUGGCUGGAACGCUAUCAAGUCGCGUGCUCAACAGCUCAACGUCCACAUGACUGAUGACCAAUACAAGGAGUGCACAGCUAAGAUCAAGGCCCUUGCCGAUAUCCGACCUAUUGCUAUUGAUGAUGCGGACAGCAUCAUCCGUGCCUACUACCGCAACCUUAGCUCCGGCGAAAACAAGCCCCUUAUGGAUCUGACCGCUGAUGAGCAUGCCCAAUUCCUUGCCAAGGAGAAGGAGUUGACCGAAAGUGGUGCUGCCCAUUAA